GAAGGCUCUGAGUGACGCUGGGUGAGGUGAGGAGCAGAGCAGAGCAGUUAGCAAGCAGGCCACCGCUCUCCACCGCGGACGUUUGGGGCGUGGGCUAGAGCAAAGAGCCCACUGUAGAAAACAAGCGUUUUAUUUUCUAUCUUUUACAAACUUCUGAAACAUUUUACCAUGACGAGUCGAGGCACGGCAAAGUCCGCUCAGGACACGCUUAUUGAAAUGAGUGAGACCGGUUCCCAGGGUGGUGAGGAGAACAACGGUUUCUAUGCCAAUUCAGAGAGUAUAUCACUUCAGAAAGGUGAUGCUAAGUCCUUAGAAAGUCUGUGUUCAGAGUGCUAUAGCUCUGUGUCUAAGAGCUCCAGUCACUCCUCAGUGUCUUUGUGUCAUCAGUGUGAGAGAGAACACACUGAACCUGUCCAGCAUCUUUCAAGCCUUGCAGGGAUCUGCAGGAAGAGAACUCUGUUUCUGAAGUAUCGCUCCAGGGUGGAUAAACAUCAUCAGAGUAAAGACUCUGUGUACUUCAGAGAUGGUGUCCGGCGGGUAGAUUUUGUUCUCUCUUAUGUAGAUGAGAAAGACGGAGAAAGAAAACAGGAAAGAAGAAAACAGUAUGAAGCUAACCUGCAGAAGGCGGGGCUAGAGCUGGAGCUUGAAGACAAAUCAGAAUCUGAAGAUGGGAAGACUUAUUUCCUAAAGAUCCAUGUCCCAUGGGAGGUGUUGGCCACCUACGCUGAUGUUCUAAAGAUUAAAGUGCCUUUCAAAGUCAAUGACAUCCCUGAAAACCGUGAGAUUCCUGCCUCCUGGCUCUUUACACCAUUCCGCCUGCCUGAUUCAGUCAUGCACCCAGAGCCAGACUACUUCACCGCCCACUUUGACAAGAGCAAGACUGAUUUCUUCCUCAUCGACAAUAAAGAUACCUUCUUCCCUAACUCCACACGCAACAGGAUAGUGUAUUACAUCCUCUCACGUUGUCCUUACAAUAAAGAAGACAAACUCAACAAGGACAAGAGAGGCAUCAAGCGGUUGCUUAACAACGGAACAUACACUUCAGCCUUCCCUCUGCAUGAUUGCAGAUACUGGACAAGGUCUCGAGACCCUAACUGUGAGAAUGAGAGAUACAGCCUCUACCGAAACUGGGCUCGGUUCCUCCGCUUCUACAAGGAGCAGCCACUCAAUCUUAUCCGGAGAUACUAUGGGGAGAAGAUUGGGAUCUAUUUUGCAUGGCUGGGCUUCUACACCGAAAUGCUGUUCUAUGCUGCUCUGGUUGGACUUAUCUGCUUCAUUUAUGGACUGGCGACCUAUGAUGCUGUUGUCUGGACUAAAGAAAUCUGUGAUGAUAACAUUGGUGGACAGAUUAUCAUGUGCCCUCUCUGUGAUAAGAAAUGUGGCUAUUGGAAACUUAACAGUACCUGCAACUCCACCUGGCAAUCGCAUCUCUUUGACAACACAGCGACAGUGUUCUUCGCUAUAUUUAUGGGUAUAUGGGUGACUCUGUUCCUGGAGUUUUGGAAGCGGCGACAAGCCAGGCUGGAGUAUGAGUGGGACCUGGUGGACUUUGAGGAGGAGCAGCAGCAGCUGCAGCUUAGGCCUGAAUAUGAGACCAAAUGCACCAGCCGGCGUCUUAACCGUGUUACACAGGAGAUGGAGUGGGUUCUAGACCAGACAGUUGGUGAUUUUUUAGGCAAGGUCAUCUUUUGCUGGGCUACUGUAGUCCUGUGGAUCUCUCUAAUCAUAGCGAGUAUAAUCGGGGUGAUAGCGUAUCGGCUGGCUGUGUUUGCCGCUCUGGCUAGCAUUAUGAAGGACAGCCCUACCAAUAAGCUGGAACUGGUGGGCUCACUUAUCACCCCACAGCUGGCUACUUCUGUCACAGCCUCCUGCAUCAACUUUGUGAUUAUCAUGAUACUUAACUUCCUGUAUGAACGCGUGGCCAUAUGGAUUACAGACAUGGAAGUCCCAAAAACACAUCUGGAGUAUGAAAACAAACUGACCAUCAAGAUGUUCCUCUUCCAGUUUGUUAACUACUAUUCUUCCUGCUUCUACGUGGCCUUCUUUAAAGGAAAGUUUGUGGGCUACCCUGGCAAAUACGCAUACAUGUUCAGUGAGAGCAACGGGCUGAGGAAUGAAGAGUGUGACCCUGGUGGUUGUUUGAUUGAGCUGACGACUCAGCUUGUGAUAGUGAUGGCUGGUAAACAAGUGUGGGGGAACAUCCAGGAGGCCUUAGUUCCCUGGCUGCAGAACUGGUGGAGCAGCAGGAGUGCUCGCAGCCACCCGGAGAGUCUGUACAGCCGCUGGGAGCAGGAUUAUGAUCUGCAGAACUUCAGUCAGUUUGGUCUCUUCUAUGAGUACCUGGAAAUGGUGAUCCAGUUUGGUUUUAUCACAUUGUUUGUGGCCUCCUUUCCAUUGGCCCCUCUCUUGGCUCUUAUAAAUAAUAUUCUGGAGGUGCGUGUGGAUGCAUGGAAGUUAACCACUCAGUUCCGCAGACCUGUUGCAUCUAAAGCCCACAGCAUUGGUGCCUGGGAAGAGAUCCUGAAUAUGAUUGCCGUCUUCUCCGUAGUAACCAACGCAUUCAUUGUGGCAUUUACCUCUGAUAUGAUUCCUCGGCUGGUGUUUCUAUACGCGUAUCAACCAGGCAAUAACCUGACUAUGGAGGGCUACAUCAGCAAUAGCCUAUCCAUCUUCAACAUCUCACAGAUCCCACCUGCAAACAGACCUGACGAUGGUGAGAAUCCUGCCUGGUUCAACAGCUCUGUGAUUACCACCUGCAGGUACCGAGAUUACCGCUACCCCCCAGGCCAUGAGCGUGAAUACUCCCACACCAUGCAGUUCUGGCAUAUCCUGGCAGCCAAAAUGGCUUUUAUUAUUAUUAUGGAGCAUGUUGUGUUUGUGGUGAAGUUCUUUGUGGCAUGGAUGAUUCCGGAUGUACCAUCCGAUGUGAAGGCUCGUAUAAAGCGGGAACGCUACCUGGUCCAGGAGUACCUGCACGACUAUGAGGUGGAGAAGCUCAAAGUGCAGCUCAGUCAGAAUGGAAGUGGAGGCCAGUGCAUUUGUCCUGAAAUAGCUACGACUGUGAAACACGAGGUGCUGUCUGAAUGCCUGAGCUAACCUGGUUCACAUCCUACUUUCCCUCACCACAAACUCAUUAAAAAGUUAUUAGCCACUUACCUCACCAUUGGCCACAAACUCUUCUAGCUCUGACAGCUCCUAAUUAGGAUCAUUAGCAUUCUCCCAUAUUCAUUUGGACUUCAGGAUCCUAUAUCAGGUUCUAAAUUAGUUCUCUUACUCUGAGAAGUUUGAUACACAAGACAUGUUGUGGCAAUUUUUUUUUUUUAUCUGUGACCUGUGGAGCUGACCAUGCUUUCUUACAUCAUAUGCUGUUGCCUCUUUCCUCACUCUGUCCAAGUUCAUUUUUACUUAAUUUAGAAACCACACAUUUGGUUUUUUGUUUUGCAACAAGCCUUGUACAUCCCUGUUCAACCUGUUUGAGAGAUUUCUGUCUAUUUAAAUUCAGAUACAGGACUGUAAAUUCAGGUACAGGACUCUUGCGCAUCCAAAGACAAAAAGCCUUAUUAACACAUUUAUCUUAGUGUGUAUUACUCUUCCUGCAAGAUAAAUAUUUAUGAGUCAUAGUAUCAACAGAGAUGCCUCUAAAAGCUUGCUUUCUGAUAAGAUACAUCUAAGGAAAUCAAUGUUCUAUGAAGAUGGAGAUUUUUAGAGAAAAUAUUGCUUAUAUUUAUUUCAAAUUUUAGCCUGUUUUACUGUCUCCAUCUGUAUAUUUUAUAUUUAGCUAUUUUGCCUUUGCUAUCACAGAAGAACUCUGUAGAUUCAAAUAACUACGCAUCAAUGCACUAAACGUCACAUGGUGUUUUCACCAUACAACCGUCAUGCUGUUACCACACCUCUAUGCAAAGCAAAUUACUAGCUUCACAAGACUGUCAGAAAAAUGUAGAGUGCUUCUAUACCAAUACGAGUCAAUGCACUAUACUUUCUGUAAUGUGUCUGCAGUCAGGUGAUGUCCCCAGUGCAGUCACACUUUGUUCAAAGUGAAAAUAACUCCGCUGAUGAUAGUCGAAGGCAAUCAGCAUAUGCUAUAAACCAAAUCCUGAAUAAAUUCCAGCCAAAGCUUGCUAUUCAAAACUGAAGUGUUAGUAUAAUGAAGAGUGAGCAACAUUUAAUGCAUGACUGAAAGGACAGACCAGCCAUGCUAAUGGUUUUUAAUGUGCCUUUAUUUAUCUACAGUCACAGAUUUUACUGUAGUCAUGGGGACACUGUGACUGUCUUUUGUUUUGUUCCAUUUUUUGUUCAUUUUAUGAGUGAGGGAAAUGUGAAGAGUUUUUGCACAGAGCACUUACUGAAGAAGGAAUUUGUUCAUUUGAGAAUGUCAGUGUGAUUAUUGUAUUUACACUACAGUAUCAGUGUUGUUCUAAUCAGAAUGAUGUGUGGAAGAGAAUCACUAAAUGUUUUGACAACCACACCCUGUCUUUUAUUUUCAAAUCUCUUUAAAGCAUUGUAGCACAAAAAUUGUGCUAACAGAUAUUUUAUUAUGUUUUUGUGAAAAAAAAAAAAAAAAGAGGCCAAGAAUUACCAAGGGCAGAUGAUUUUGCCAGUACACUUCCUUUGCAAAUACUUAUGCAGUGACAAAUAAUUGUCAUGUUCUAGUUUUGCUGUUUUUGACUUCUUGACUUGAUUUCUGUAGAUGUAACUAUUUAUAUGGUGGUCUGCUUUUUAAUUUUAUUCUUAGCUCUUUCAGUUUGCCUUUGAUUGUUAUUGAAUUAUGACUGUUAAUUCCUUUAAAGAGCCUUCUGUGUUGUAGAUACAUACAGUAUACCUAAGAACACAGAAUGCUAGAAGCCAUAGACACUAGAUUUUCUGUGCGCCAAAACAUAAAGAAGCCAGACUUCGUAUCACUAAACAAGCUUUGCCUUUAAACUGUCUGAUUUAAAUGAAUACGAGUUCACAUUCAAUCCUUUGUGUUGUUACUUGAUCAACUUGUACCUUUUCUUGACUGACAGCUUGUGAUUAUUGUAUGGCAUCACAUGUUGCAUCAUGUACUGCGUAGAUUAUAUAAUGAUGGUUCUGAAGCAGUUAUCAAAUUGUUAUUGGUUCUGCAUACAUGAAUGAAAAUCAUGUUAAAUAAAACAUACAUUACAUUUUUUUAAUA